GGAGCCAGAGGAGGUGUCUGCUGCAAGUUCCUGGCUGCUUCUGAGCUCACCCCAUCCUCCGAGAGGGAGGAGGCCAAGUGGUGAUGCCGCUGCUCCUGCCGCCUCGACUGCUAAUGCUCUAGUGAGGCUGGAAGGGUGGUUCCUCUUCGCACCAUCGCCAACCAGAGAGUGAGGGAACAAAAUCCCAGCAGCAGUGCUGAUGUUGCGUUCGGAGGCUGCAUCCGACACGGUCACAAGGAAAAUGGAUUCAGUUUGCAUCUUUCCCUCCUUUCAACAGCUUCUCCAGGUCUCAGCAUGGCUUUAAGGCAGCUCAGGAGACUGAAGAUGCCGGAGAUGAGUAGGGUACAGGACUCCAUUACUACUCAGGAGAAUGGAUUUCAUUGAAUUAAAGCCAGAAAAAUCCUUGCAGCGCUUCUAGGGCAGCACCUGAGGAGACCUUACCAAGGAGCACCACGCAGUAGAUGCUGAAAACAUCGCACCCACGAUACAAAGCAGUAACAUGGCAGCACCUGUUUGAAAGGCAUUCAUAAACAAGACUCCCUUCAGAAAGGAACAAUGUCUAAGAAAGGGCGAAAUAAGGGCGAGAAGCCCGAAGCGCUCAUCGUCGCCCUUCAAGCUGCCAAUGAAGAUCUCAGGACCAAGCUCACAGAUAUCCAGAUAGAGCUGCAUCAAGAGAAGUCCAAGGUGUCUAAGCUUGAAAGAGAGAAGACUCAAGAAGCAAAGAGGAUCCGUGAGCUGGAGCAGCGCAAGCACACGGUCCUGGUGACAGAACUCAAAGCCAAGCUCCAUGAGGAGAAGAUGAAGGAGCUGCAGGCUGUGAGGGAGAAUCUCAUCAAGCAGCAUGAGCAAGAAAUGUCAAGGACAGUGAAGCUGCGGGAUGGAGAGAUCCAGAGGCUCAAGUCAGCCCUGUGUGCUCUCCGGGACGGCAGCAGUGACAAAGUAAGGACAGCGCUCACCAUUGAGGCCCGGGAGGAGGCCCGGAAGCUGUUUGAUGCCGAGCGCCUUAAGCUCUUACAGGAAAUUGCGGACCUGAAAACUGCCAAGAAGCAGGUGGACGAGGCUCUAAGCAAUAUGAUCCAGGCGGAUAAGAUCAAGGCCGGCGACCUUAGGAGUGAGCACCAGUCCCACCAGGAAGCCAUCUCCAAGAUCAAGUGGGAAUCAGAGCGGGACAUUCGGAGGCUGAUGGAUGAGAUUAAAGCCAAGGACAGGAUCAUCUUUUCCCUGGAAAAGGAACUGGAGACCCAAACUGGCUAUGUACAGAAACUGCAGCUGCAGAAGGAGGCAUUGGAUGAACAGCUCUUUCUGGUCAAGGAGGCUGAGUGUAACAUGAGCAGUCCGAAACGAGAGAUUCCGGGAAGAGCAGGAGACGGCUCUGAGCACUGCGGCAGCCCUGAUUUGAGAAGAAAUCAGAAGAGAAUAGCUGAAUUGAAUGCCACUAUAAGAAAAUUAGAAGACAGGAACACCCUGCUUGGAGAUGAACGAAACGAACUGUUAAAACGUGUGCGGGAAACCGAGAAACAAUGUAAACCUCUUCUGGAAAGGAACAAGUGCCUCGCCAAGAGGAACGAUGAGCUGAUGGUGUCUUUGCAACGCAUGGAAGAGAAGCUAAAAGCUGUUACUAAGGAAAAUUCAGAAAUGAGAGAAAAAAUAACAUCCCACCCACCCUUAAAGAAAUUAAAAUCUCUGAAUGACCUCGAUCAAGCUAAUGAAGAACAAGAGACAGAGUUUUUAAAACUUCAAGUCAUUGAGCAGCAGAACAUUAUUGAUGAGCUCACAAGGGACCGAGAAAAGCUCAUCCGUAGGAGAAAACAUAGAAGAAGUUCCAAGCCAAUUAAGAGGCCUGUUUUGGAUCCAUUUAUUGGCUAUGAUGAGGACUCCAUGGAUUCAGAGACCUCAUCCAUGGCCUCGUUUAGAACUGACCGAACACCAGCUACUCCUGAUGAUGACUUAGAUGAAAGUUUAGCAGCUGAGGAAUCUGAGCUACGAUUUCGACAAUUAACAAAAGAGUAUCAGGCCCUCCAAAGAGCAUAUGCCCUCCUGCAGGAGCAGACUGGAGGUAUCAUCGAUGCUGAAAGGGAAGCCAAGGCUCAAGAACAGCUGCAAGCAGAGGUGCUAAGGUAUAAAGCCAAAAUUGAAGAUCUGGAAGCGACUCUGGCUCAGAAAGGGCAGGACUCACACUGGGUAGAAGAUAAACAACUUUUCAUUAAGAGAAACCAGGAGCUUUUAGAAAAGAUAGAAAAACAGGAGGCAGAAAAUCACCGGUUACAACAGGAACUACAGGAUGCCCGAGACCAGAAUGAACUGCUGGAGUUUCGAAACCUAGAGCUAGAAGAAAGAGAGAGACGAUCCCCUCCAUUUAACCUACAAAUUCACCCAUUCUCUGAUGGUGUAAGUGCUCUACAGAUCUACUGUAUGAAAGAAGGUGUCAAGGAUGUGAACAUCCCUGAUCUCAUAAAGCAGCUUGAUAUCCUGGGUGAUAAUGGGAACUUAAGAAAUGAAGAACAAGUGGCCAUAAUUCAGGCCAGCACUGUGCUGUCCCUGGCAGAAAAGUGGAUCCAGCAAAUUGAAGGAGCAGAGGCUGCCCUACACCAGAAAAUGAUGGAAUUGGAAAGUGACAUGGAGCAGUUCUGCAAAAUAAAAGGCUACCUUGAGGAAGAACUAGACUACAGAAAACAAGCUCUCGACCAAGCAUAUAUGAGAAUCCAGGAGCUAGAAGCUACUUUGUACAAUGCCCUGCAGCAAGAAACUGUUAUCAAGUUUGGUGAAUUGUUAAGUGAAAAACAGCAAGAGGAGCUGAGGACAGCAGUAGAAAAGUUACGGCGGCAGAUGCUGAGGAAGAGCAGAGAGUAUGACUGUCAGAUUCUUCAGGAGAGAAUGGAGCUCUUACAGCAAGCCCAUCAGAGAAUUCGUGACUUAGAAGAUAAAACAGACAUCCAGAAACGACAGAUAAAGGACUUAGAAGAAAAGGUUCUCAGAGAAGAGAGACAAAUCAGACUCCAUUUAACUUCUGAGUCAAGAAGGAGAGAACUAUCUGAGAAGCACAGAGUUUCUGUUUCUAUUCUUGUUCUUCUCUCUUGCCUUUAUUCUAUGGCCUUGAUGUCAAGGUGCCUCUUAAAGAGUAACCGAAAACACGGAUAAGACCCCAGAAAGGCAAAUGCUUCUAGACCUUCAAAGAUGGCAGAAAUGUUUACAACAGUGAGAGGGAGAUCAAAAGCUAAGAACUACCCUGUAGCCAGGACUACAACUGUGUAUUUUAAAGCCAUUAUUCAAGGUUUCUUACUUGACAGUUCCCACAUGACCCUGUUGAAAAUCUACAAUAUAUGCUGCAUUUAAUGAAACAUGUAUAUGUCAAACCAGAAGAAAAGAACUAUAAAAGUAUAUUGUGUAAAGAAAAAGUUCAGCAAUGGAAACAGUUUCAGCAGAUCAAGGAAAGAUGUGUCUUGGGCAUGGAACCAAAGUUACAAAGAAACACUCUCCCCCUGCUGUGCAGGGGGAUCAUUUUAAUGUAACACCACACCCCAUGGAAACACUAGUCCUGAAAUAAACAUUUUCAAAAAUCAAAACAAAGGAAUAAACAAGGGCGGGUGGGAAAUGAAGCACGAGGAAUACCUAUGAGGAGCUAUUUACAAUAAAAUGUUUCAUUUGAAAAGUCUGGUUUCUUACUACAGGGAUUUGCUUUUUGUCUUUAUUGUUGUUUAAAACUCAGGAACAGAGCCGUCUGCAAUGUGAAUGGGAAGGAAAGCAUUUUCCCAUUUGUUUCUCUGCAAGAGGUGGAGCUUGUGGAAUGCAUUCCACAGAGGACAGAUGAGAGCGGACCACAAUGACCCCCACUCAACUGGCAACAAGGCGGAGGACCUAGGCGAAUGUAACAUAAGAAAUAAAAGCAGAUUUGAUGCUGCCUUGGCCUUCUGUCACAUCUGUCUUCCUCCACGAACAGACUGAUCUCAUUCAUAUUGAAAAUUAAGAAGAUGAUGCCCUAAAUCACAAGUUCCCUGACUCGGUUCUGUUAACAAUGCUACCAUCUAUCUCUAGGGCACACAGGCCCGAGAGCAUCUCUGAAUCCAUGUCCAAAAUACUGG